CACGACAUAUCAAUUAACAUUUUCUUUUUCUCAAAAUUACUUUGUACUAUCAAGAUUUUUUAUAGAAUGCGUUAUGAUUUAACGCUUUAAAUGAUUUUUAAAUAACGAUGUUAUUAUUAAAAGGAGUAAUUUCAAAAUCCAUUUAUCUAAAAGCAAAUUUUUCUACAACCGUUCCCGUCCAGAAAAAACUCACCGUGCGAGAUCUCUUGGGAAUGGCGAUCGAUGAGGAACUGGAAAGAGAUCCUCGAGUGUUUAUUCUCGGCGAGGAAGUCGCUCAAUACGAUGGUCCUUAUAAAAUUACAAAAGGUUUACUAAAAAAAUACGGUGACAAAAGGGUCAUUGAUACUCCUAUAACCGAAAUGGGUUUUACCGGAAUUGCGGUUGGUGCUGCUAUGGCUGGUUUAAGACCAAUUUGUGAAUUUAUGACGAUGAAUUUUGCUAUGCAAGCUAUUGAUCAAAUAAUUAAUUCGGCGGCUAAAACGUUUUACAUGUCAGCUGGGCGAUUUAAUGUUCCAAUAGUUUUUCGAGGUAAUAAUGGUUGUCCAGCUGGAGUGGCAGCUCAACAUUCUCAAUGUUUCGCUGCUUGGUAUGGUCAUUGUCCAGGUUUAAAAGUAGUAGUUCCAUAUUCUGGUGAAGAUAAUAAAGCACUUCUUAAGGCUUCUAUUAGAGACCCAGAUCCGGUAGUAUUUUUAGAACACGAAUUAAUGUACGCAAGAGAAUUCGAAGUUUCCGAUAAAGUUUUAUCAAAAGAUUAUGUACUUCCAAUCGGAAAAGCUCAUAUUGAAAAAGAAGGGAAACACGUCACUUUGGUGUCUUAUUCGAGACACGUUGGAUUUUGCUUGGACGCUGCUAAAGAUUUAGAGAAAAGUGGUGUAAGCGCUGAAGUUGUUAAUUUAAGAAGCAUACGACCGUUGGACAUGGGAGUUAUUUUCAAAUCGGUUAAGAAAACGCAUCAUAUUGUUACGGUGGAACAAGGUUGGCCCGCUUUUGGAGUCGGAGCAGAAAUCUUAGCGAGAAUUAGUGAAGAUCGAACAUUUUUUGAACUCGAUCAACCAGGUAUUAGGAUUACAGCGGCCGAUAUACCCGUUCCUUAUUGCGAGCCUUUAGAAACUCUUUGUAUACCACAGCCAAAAGAUAUUGUACAGAUUGUCAAAAAAUUAUUAAAUGUUAAGAAAUAAAACUAGA